AUGGAGCAGUUAAAGAAUUUUCUAGGAAUAGUGUCAUUUUAUCGAUGGCUUAUCAAGGACUUCAGCUGGAUAAUGGAACAGUUACGUGAAUUACUGAAGGGAGCAAACUAUAAGUGGUCCACACAGCAGGAAGCAGCUUCCCAAGAAUUGUUAGGAAUAAUAUUCAUAAUUUCAACAAAUGAUGCCAAGGAAGCGAUCAGUGCCUUACUGAGUCAAGGAGAACUAGGACAGGAUUUAACAGUAGCCUUUGCAUCCAGAAUGCUGAACUGCACAGAAAAGAAUAUAUCCUUGAAGUGGUUGGUGCAUAUACGUGAUCAAGUGUUAAGAGUACUGAAAUUCAGAAUUAUGCUGGCAGAAUAUGCUUUUGAGAUUAUAUGCAGAAACAAAUCAUGA